AUGGGGGGUGUUAAUGUUGUUAUUUGCCAGGAUCUUCCUCUGGGAAUUCAUUUGCUAGCCAUCGGUUGCAAAUGGAUCUACAAAGUUAAGCUUCAUGCAGAUGGUACCCUGGAACGUUAUAAAGCUCGUUUAGUAGCUCAAGGUUUCAAUCAACAAGAGGGAGUUGAUUUUUUUGACACAUUCUCUCCAGUAGCAAAGGUAACAUCUGUUCGUUUAUUGCUUGCUUUGGCAUCAUUGCGUGGCUGGUCCCUUACUCAUUUAGACAUUAAUAAUGCUUUUCUCUAUGGUGAGUUAACUGAAGAAGUGUACAUGGUUCCACCUCUCGGUUAUCUCCAUGAGGGGGAGCCUCUUUCAUCAAAUAUAGUUUAUUCUUCUCUUUUUGUUAAGAACAAAGGCGGAUGUUUUCUUGCUGUUUUGGUGUAUGUAGAUGACAUCAUAGUGGCUGGAAGUAAUCAUACUGAAGUGCAGCAACUGAAAGAUUACUUAAACAAUCAAUUUAAAUUGAAGGACCUUGGUGAUUUAAAGUAUUUCCUUGGAUUGGAAGUUGCACGUUCAUGCAAAGGGAUUUCCAUUUGCCAAAGAGGAUAUGCACUACAGAUUUUAAAAGAUGCUGGAGUUACUGGUUGUAAAUCAAAAGCCACUCCAAUGGAACCGAAUAUCAAGUUGUCUCAAGAGGAGGGUGACUUGUUAGAUGAUCCAGUUUCUUACAGGAGAUUAAUUGGACGGUUGUUAUACUUAACCAUUACUAGACCAGAUUUGUCAUUUGCUGUAAAUAAACUUAGCCAGUUUCUUGCUCAUCCGAGGGUACCACAUCUUCAUGUUGUUCAUAGGUUACUGCAAUAUGUCAAGGGGACAGUUGGACAAGGCAUUUUUUACCCUAGUUCUGGACAAUUGAAGUUGAGAGCUUUUUCUGACUCAGAUUGGGGAUCAUGCACAGACACUAGAAGAUCAAUUACUGGUUUUUGUGUUUUUCUAGGAGACUCGUUGAUAAGUUGGAAGUCAAAGAAACAACCAACAGUGGCUAGAUCAUCAGCUGAAGCAGAGUAUAGAGAAAGGCUAAUGUGA